AUGACAGAAGAUGAACCUCAAGUGGCGUCGCUGCAUGAGAAGCAGUUGGCAGUUGAAAGAGCAACACCUGAAGGUGCAGAACUCGCUUCGAUUGAACUUCCCCUUCACUCUAUGAAAGAGAAAGAGCUCACUGACACCUCCUCAAUUGAGCAGGGUAACCAAGAAACAAAGGAUUUAGUAGAAGAGGCUACUGAGAUCCACCUGCUUGCAGAGUCCAAAAACAAAGAAGCAAAACAACCUCUGACCGAGGAGUCAAAUCUUAAGGAGGAAGACAAACCAAGCAAAUCAGAAUCCCCUAUGAAUGAAAGCAAGGAAAAGCCUGGGAUGGUUGAGGGGAUAAAUAAGGAGGGCCUAGAUGGUGGCAGUGACAUUAUGUUGCAUAAGACGCCAGUGACUGACAUUCAAAAAGGGGACCAAAGGCAAGAAACGGUUAAGUUAAGUCCAGAAUCUAGCAAUGGGUCGAAAGCAACAUCAGAUAUUUCUGUAGGCCACGAGUCCAGAGCAAAAACCUACUUUGAGACAUCCUCAAAAAACCACGAACAGGAGUCAUCACAAACCCAGAGCUAUUACGAACUCAGCACAGCAGCAGAGAAAAAGUUAAAUGAGGAAACUGAAAGCAUUGUGCAGAAGCUUGAGGAACAACAGGAAAAGAAAGCCAGAACUUCCUCGGGUAAGAUGUCGCUAGAGCAAAGGAGCCUCUCCCUGAACAUUACUGUUGAGUCUUCGGCAGGACAAACAGUGAAGGGAGAGAAGUCAAGGACUUUGGGUCCAAUCAGUGGAAGCUUUGAUGAAUCUGAAGUUUACCCUUCAACACCAUCUGUGCAGAGCCAACACCAGAUUCUUCCAGCUGUCUCCAUUACCCCAACUACCACUGAAUCACCUGAAGAUACCCCCACCAAGGCAGACACACCUUUGCCUUCUGAUAAGCACAAAUGUUUUGAACAUUCAGGAAGCCUCUCUGAAAUGUUGGACCUGGCUGGUGACCUGCCUCGGCCAUCAUUAGAGAGAAGGGAGCUUGACCACAUGAGGCGAAAGUCUGUGCCCGCCAAUGUAUCAGCUCUGGUGGGGAGCUCUUUGGCCAAGCUCGCCUUGGGAGAUCAAACCCCAAGAGUGGUGGAAGGGGAAAGUCAGCUAGAGGAACUGGGCUACUGUGUCUUCCAUGAGUACUUAGGGCCCAUGCCUUCUCCUGCUGAUGUACCGAGUCCUGGAGACUCUCCGCACCAGCUUUUCCCUUCUAUGGAGAGUGAAGUUGAGGAGGAGAUUGGGGCCACAAAAGUUGAAGGUGUUCAAAAAGGAACUCGACAACAAGAUCAUAAAGGUAUUAUCCCUGAGAGUUCUCAAAAAAUACUUUUUGAAAAGAAAGACGCACCAGUAAAGAGUACCCUGAUUCUUGAAAGAGCUCUGACAAGUGGAGUAAAACCUGAUCGCCUAAGAAUCCCAAUGACUUCUUCAAAAGACAGACUGAAUGAGUUUCGUUUGGAGAGUGGCCUGCCUGGUGACCUAAAGAUCCAAGCAAUCCCUGAGGUAGACAUUGAAAAAGACCCCUCCAGAGAGGCUUCUCCCAGCCCACCAGACAGUUCCUUUACUUUCACUCCUUUGGAAACUGGAAGCAAGGUUCCCCCAACUCCCACCACCCCCAAGUCCCCAUGUGAUACUCCCACUGAUACCCAAGUCCUUGAAGAAAAGGCAGGGAACGAUGUCCUGCCGGAGGUCAAAGCAGAGAACCAUCCAGAGUCUGAGAGAAUUGAUAAUGAACAGACAGAGUUAGACAAAGAAAUACAGAAAUCUGAGCAGGAGGAAUUAGAAGAAAGAAGGGAGGAACCAAACACAAACAUACCAGCAUCAUCUCAGUCUUUAGAAAAGAGUACAGAAAAAGAUGACAAAAAAAUUGAAAGUGAGAAUGGGAUACCUACACGAUUAGAAAGAAUAGAAAAGCAAGAGACCCCAGAAGAUGUUCAGGAUUUAAGCACCGGAAAGCCCUUAGAUGAGAAAGAUGCCCAAAUCCAGUUACAGGAGGUGACUCUGGAUAAGGUUGCACCAAAAAUGCCACAAAUAUCCUCCCCAGUCAUCAUUAUACCUCAAGCACAAGUAGAGGAAGAAGCAGAUGAAGAGGAUGAUAUUGAGAUUGCCGAAGAGCCUCAAGAAGUCAUUGAAGAAACUGAAGUCCCUGAGAGUCUAAUUAGGGGGAGGCUGACGGUAGGCGAUCAGACGGUAGAAGAAUUUCCCAAGUCUGGAGCAGAAGAAUGUAGUCACAGUGCGCAAAGCAGUGAUAAUGGGGAUAGUUCACACUUACCUCUAUGCUCCGACCAUGACCUCCCACAGCAACUGGAUGAAGGUGGCAGAGAUGAUGGGAUAGGUGAGGAUAAAGUAGAAGAACAUACACAAAUAAAUUGGGAUGAAGGGACUAAAGAGGUGGUAGAGAAAGACCCAACAGGAGAGGAGCGAGUGGAAGAAGUUGGUUCUGAUGUGGUACGUGAAGAGAAACAGAAGAAAACGAUGGAGGAUGAGGGGGAGGAGAGGACGGGUGAACAGGAGGUGGAAGAGACCUCUGAUGUUCUGCGCCAGACCAGUCAGGCAGCUAAUGAUGAAACCACCAUGGACGUCUCUAUCCUAGAUACAGACAGUGGCUGGAUGGACUCACAAGAUGAUGACAAAAGUAUCAUGACUGAGCAAAUUGAAGCCCUUCCUCAGGUCCAGCGUCCUACUAUUACACCUGUGGUGGACAGACCCGCUAAACGGGCCCCUGGCAGAGGAAGGGGCCACCCUGGCAUCACUGAGAGUAAAGUGUCCCGCAAAGUAACCAGCCACCAUCCACCAAGAGAGGAGAUGAAGAAGAAAAAAGCUGUGAGGAGGGCUGACCUGAAUAAGGUUUCAGCCCUCCAAUGUCGUUCUCCAUCUCGAAAGAGUGUAGCCAAAUCAGCAGCCAGACAUCCUAGGCCCGCUGUGCUUCACGGCUCUGCUAGACGCAAGGCCACAGGUAUGGAAAGCCAUCAUCCCCUCAGUGUGGCCCACCAGUCCAGGGAAAGGACCACUGAGAGAGCGUACCGCAGCCCAGAGAAGAGGUCGUCCCUGCCCAGGCCGGCCAAAUCUCUGACACGCCACAUCCCUGCUGCUGAACAAGAAGACAGCACCCCCUCCAGGCCAACCUGCACAGAGUCCGCGCGUUCCCGAUCAGUCCGUAGCGGGGCCUCCACCCCCGGCUCCUGCGCCGUCACGCCUGGCACGCCCCCUAGCUACUCCUGCCGCACCCCCGGCUCUCGCACCCCCGGCAGCCACACGCCCAAGUCCUUCAGCAUCCUCCAGGAGAAGAAGGUGGCGGUCAUCCGAACCCCGCCCAAGUCGCCGUCCUCGGCCCAGCGGCAGCUGAAGGUUCUCAAUCAGCCCCUGCCUGACCUGAAGAAUGUAAAGUCCAAGAUCGGGUCCACCUCCAACCUCAAGCACCAGCCGAAAGGCGGACAGGUUCAAAUUUUACACGAGAAGCUGGACUUCAGUCAUGUUCAGUCAAAGUGCGGCUCCAAGGAUAAUCUGAAGCACUCGCCCAAAGGAGGCAAUGUCAUGAUUCCAAGUGUUAAACUGGACUUUAGCCACGUUCAGGCUAAAUGUGGCUCCCUGGACAAAAUCUGCCAUGCAGCAGGCGGGGGCAACGUCCAAAUCCAGACCAAGAAGAUCGACUUGAGCCACAUCACCGCCAAAUGUGGCUCCAUGUCUAACAUCCGCCACAGACCAGGGGGGGGUAACGUGCGCAUCGAGAAUGUGAAGCUGGACUUUAAAGACAAGGCCCAUGCCAAGGUCGGCUCCCUGGGCAACACCAGCCACACUCCUGGAGGGGGGAAUGUUAUGAUCGAGAGCCACAAGCUGAGCUUCCGGGAAACGGCCAAAGCUCGGGUGGAUCACGGCGCUGAAAUCGUCAUCACCCACUCCCCCGGGGUCGGGACGGGAGGCACUUCCCCUCACCUGUCCUCCUCUGGCAGCAUCAACGUGCUGGAGUCGCCCCAGCUCUCCACGCUGGCCCAGGAUGUCACCGCUGCCCUGGCCAAGCAGGGCUUAUGAGCAGGCUGCCACGGAUUCACCUCACCCUGCAAAGUCCACACCAUUCCUCCCAUCAGUCUCAUAAGCAUCCAGUGUUCUCCCAAGGUCCUUCACUGCAACACGACCCCCCCCCUUCACACACACACACACACACAAUUGACCCCACAGGUUCUACAGUCAUAGUCGAUUGACUGUCUUCGUCUAUCAGCGCCCCUUCUAGCCCUCCGAAUGGGAUUUAAAAAAAAAAAAACUGAAUUCUAACGUUAUUCUUCAUUCCCACUCCUUAAAAGGGAGUCACACCCAGUCACUCUUUAUUUGUUUCUCGUUCAUUUUUCAAUCACUCGUUACGGACUCGUUUUGUUUAGUCUUAGAUGACGGCUAAAGGUUUGAGUGGAUGUGCUUGUCUAAGAAAGCAUUGACGGUUUUUACAUUUGUACAGUGAUUUCAAAGCGUAAAAAAAAAGCAUCACAUUCCACUUGUUUGGGGAUAAAUGGUAAGGUGAACUCAUGCAUAAUGUUCAUUCAGAAUUUACGUGGUUCUGAAUGCAAGAAAUAGCUACUAGAUACUAGACGCUAGUCUCAAAGAUCAACUGUGUGAGAGACUUAAUUUACAGCAAGAUGGCUUGUAACUGUACCUGCAAAAGAAUGGCUGAUAAACAUGUCUGCUUACAACGUGACAUGAUUCAUUUUCGUUUGUUGGUUUUAAUCGUAUGAUUUCCUGAUAUGUGCUGAAUUGUUUGGCAAAUUGUUUGCUCGUUAGGUUUUCUUUUUUUUUUAUAUAUAUAUAUAUAUAUAUGUCACUGUAGUGAAAGUUGUUCCAGUUUUGUAUGUUCCCUGUGGCCGCACUGGCUUAUUAGCACUUAAAUGUGGAUAACCACUGCAGUUAUGUUGAAUUAAGCGCUAAAAGGCUAGCUUUCCAAUAGAUUUUUCCCUUCUUUUUUUUUCACAAACCAAUGGGCUGCUCUUUUUAUUUGGUUUUACAUUAGCUCUGUGGUUGUAUUAGACUACAACUAUGCUUUUAUGCUGGCAUGGCAAAUACAUGAUGAAUAAAUUAGAUCUAUUUGGAGCAAUCUUUAAACUUUUCAGUGUGACUAUAAAUGGCCAGGAUGCAUUCUAGUGUCUAUACUUCAUGGUCAGAUCUUCAGAUCCCUAAACGGCCUCUCGUGCACAGAGACUGGGUUUUACAGUGUAUUUGAAUGGGCAAAGUUUGUUUCAAAAAGUGGAAAGCAUGAAGCUUUAUAUGAAAACAUUCCAUCAAAAGAGCAGCUACUUGGCCCUUUUGUGCGAUUGAACCAGUAACUUUACAGGAAACGAGAGCAGAAACGAAGAAGAAAUGGAAAGAAUGGGAGUAACCCUCAACUUGCAGUUUUUGGGAUUCAUUUAAAAUAAAAGGAUAAAAAGAACAUAACUGUUUUAGCACAUUCUCUGCUAACCAUUGUGAAACUCUCUCUGCCCCCCCUUUCCCCCCUUCCCAGAUGUCAGUUACCCCUCCAGUGUUUUUCUGUGCUUCCUAUAUUCCUGCCUCCCUCCUCCCCAGCCCCUCUUUGCCUGUAUUGGUGUAUUUAAAAGACCAUGUAGAUGUGUGCACACUUUCCGAUGUUUGAGAUGUACUGAUGACAAAUGCUCCUACAGGAUGAUGACAACAGAAAUAAAGAACAUAAAACGGA